AUGAGGAAUUUUUCUUUUUCAGUACAGGACAUGUAUUAUCAGAUAGAAUGUAAUAUUCAGUACAGUAAUCUAAAUAACACUAACAGUUCAGAUUUAAUUGAUAGGUCUAAAAGGGAUGAACAGUUAGCUCAAAUUGAGAUUUCUGUCCUUGGUGUGAUAUUCAUGACAGCAUCAAUUGGGAACUUCACUCUUAUUUCGGUUUUGUGGGGAAAGAGGAAGAAGCUAUCUCGGAUGCAUGUGUUUAUGCUUCAUCUAGGCUUAGCUGAUUUAGUUGUCGCAUUUUUUCAAGUUCUUCCUCAACUGAUUUGGGAUAUUACAGAUGUUUUAAUUGGACCAGACCCUGUAUGUAGAAUCAUUAAGUAUUUGCAGCUGGUUGGAAUGUUUGCCUCUACGUAUAUGAUUGUUGUCAUGACUGUGGACAGAUUUCAGGCAAUAUGUUACCCCAUGGUCACUUUUCAAAAGAAGAGAGCUCUAUGGAACACUGCAAUCUGCACAAGCUGGUGCAUUUCUCUGAUCUUCAGCAUUCCCCAGGUAUUUAUUUUCUCUAAGAUAGAAAUUGAUCCAGGCAUUUUUGAAUGCUGGGCUGACUUCAUUCAACCAUGGGGAUCAAAGGCAUACGUGACCUGGAUAUUUGUAGCAAUUUUUUUCAUCCCUGUAUCUAUACUAACUGCUUGCCAGAUACAAAUUUGCAGAACAAUACAACUGAAUAUAUAUGUGAAACAACACAAUGGUUUGGAGCUUCAACUACAGCACCAGACUGUGACAUCCAGGGCAAGCAGCAUUAACUGUGUAUCUAAGGCAAUGAUUAAAACAGUGAAAAUGACAGUGGUUAUAGUAGUUGCCUAUGUUUUAUGCUGGACACCCUUCUUUAUUGUGCAGCUUUGGGCUGCUUGGUCUCCUAGCUGUGCUACAGAAGGUGCUGUAUUCACCAUUAUUAUGCUUCUUGGGAAUCUAAACAGCUGUGCCAAUCCAUGGAUAUAUAUGUAUUUUUGUGGUCAUAUCCCACAUUGUUCUGCCCAUCCUGAAAAUAUUACAACUCAAGAGGAAUCAAUGAUUACAGCAAGCAUCAAUUUCAAAGACAGGGAAAGUGAAGACAAAACCACAUCUCUAUAA